UACGAUCACAGACAUGGCUGACAAAAAACCGCUAGAAGUUUAUUUGGAUAUGCUGUCACAGCCAUGCAGGGCAGUGUAUAUAUUUCUGCAUCAUAAUAAAAUACCACAUACGGUGAAAACUGUAGCCCUGCGAAAAGGAGAGAAUAAAACACCAGAAUUUACCAAGCUCAAUCCUAUGCAGAAGGUUCCUGUGAUGGUAGACAAUGGGUUUGUUCUGACUGAGAGCGAUGCCAUAUUAAAGUACUUGGCAACCAACUACAAUGCUCCAGAGCACUGGUACCCGCGGCAGCCAGAGAGAAGGGCAAGGGUAGACGAGUACACUGCGUGGCAUCACACCAACACACGCCCACACGCUGCAAAGGUCUUCAUCAUGGAGGUACUGCUACCGCGUAUGACGGGUCAGCCGACGGACCCUGCAAAGCUGGAGAGAGCACUUUCUGAGCUGGACGAGACCCUGGAGAAGCUGGAGAGCAUGUUCCUGAAGAGGCAGCCAUUCCUCUGUGGCGAUGAUGUCACCUUGGCUGACCUGCUGGCUACCUGUGAACUCAUGCAGCCCCUGGGUGGCGGCAGAGACAUCCUGAAGGAAAGGCCGAAGCUUGCCACCUGGAGAAGCAGGGUGCAGUCAGCACUAAAGGAUUCUUUUGACGAGGCACAUGCGGUGCUGUACCGUCUGCGGGACAAGUCCAGAGCGAAGCUGUGAACAGAACAGAGCCUGUGUGGGCUGGGAUUCCCCAUGUUUUGAACGAUGAUGUGUUAUGACACACUGUGGAAUAUUUCAGCUAAUUCUGAAGGAGUGCAUUUGACUGCUCUGGUUGUCAUAGUUGCUUACAGAGAUUUUUGAUUUGCUCAGUGCCAUUUUAGGAUGUCAGUGUGACAGUCUACCAAAUUAAUGGAUUAUCCAUUGUCCACUGCAUUACCAUGUCAAAAAAUCUAUAAAGAAAGUACAAGGACAAAGGACACACAUAUUCCUAUGAAUGUAAAUCCACUCACCUGAGGGAAAUAUAUAGUGGUUUUAUUCAAAUCAAAGACCUUUGUACAAAACUAAUGAUUUCUUUAAAAAAAUCAAACAGGAAUGUAUUGAUGAGGAUGCUACUUUGGUUUUAGUGUUUUGAGUGAUUGAACAAGCAAGACAAGAAAGAAAGAGACAAUA